AUGUCUUCUUUCCAGGAAAUUCUCAGCCGAGUUGAGACCUUAAAAGGCCUCACAGACAAAUAUGAAUCGAAAAAACGCGACCGAAUCGCCCCUCUUCAGAGAAAGCAAGACGAGCUCGAGAGAGAGCUUAGAAGAGUUAAACAAAUUCGUGAGACUGCAAGCAAGGAGCUUGAACAAGGAUUCACGGUCAAGAUCCAAGCCGAACUUACCCUUCUGUCCUCUGCGUUUCCACAUUCACAAUCUACUGAGAUUCCAACAUUCCCCACUAGUUUCUGCCACGGAGAAACCGACCCCUUACCAAGCGACGGAAGAUUGGACGAAGAUGGCGAAUCGGGGACUGAAAGAGCAGAAAACAACAGGCCGGAACACGAAGCCAACCAAGUCCCAGUGUCGCAAGGAUUGCCUCGAAAACGCCAACGCACAGCAAACAGCGAUGUCCAGGGUAUACCCAAGCAAAAACGUCAGAGAGUCGUCAGGACCGCCAACUUUUCCAGUCCUAUCCCGGGGGAAUUAUACCAAGUCUGCUGGCACGGCGGCUCCCGAUCCCGAUCCGUCAUCCCGUAUGUAGGCAUGUGUCUACCCAUCGACAACUUCGAGAAAGUUGGCAUAACAGGAUCUAUUUACGAUACCGGUCUUAUACGAAGCAUUCCCAGGUGCUAUCGCACCCACCCGCGGACGAACGGGAUUCUCGGGUGGAAUAAGUACUAUCAAAAUGGCGGCCCUAAGACCGGUCAACGCAAAUUCCCCUUCUUGUUUUUCACCAGCGAUUUGCAUGUAACUUCUGAAGGCAACAUGGCGAUACCCAAGAACAAAAACCUGCUUUCGGACAUCAGUCCAUUUGGCUUCAAUGAUAGCAAUAGUCAUUUGCCAGGCUAUGCAAACGCCCUUGGGUUCAAAUCAAGAAUGCCCAACCAUCAUAGGGACGUCGACAGUGAGAGCGGUCGAUCAGUUUCACAGCAAGACUGCGAAGGGUUUGCGGAUGCUGGUGAUAGCAGAGCAGACUUCGGAGCCAAAACCCCGGUGAAAGGCGUUCCAGAAAUUUCGGCAUAUGAUGAUCUCGCUAGCCAGUCAGCUGAAUGUAUCGAACAACCAGCAGUUGAUGCUUCAGAAUCUGAGCCAGUGCCGAUUUGUUCAAUGACAGACGACCCUGCCUGCGUCGCGCUGGCAGUCCUCGAAACAUUUCGACAAAUAUCUAGCUCGCGCACCUCGAACAAUUCUGCAGACAGCAUCGAAGAUGGUGCUUCAAUAAUUGAAAUCCCUAGUAUGGGACAAAAUGUACAUGCCGAGCAUGACGCAGUCGACUACCCACAAUCUAGUUCGAAGCUGGGGUCUUUGGAUAGUGAAAACAAUCCGGUUCAAGAGAUGGCCGGGCAGGAAUGCGGUUUACCAAUGGAGUCGAGAAAGGGUCAUUUACAAUACAUUUUGGCGACUAAUUUGGAUGGCACUAGAUGA